UUCGCAGUUUCAGAAUUGUUGCUUCCUUUAAGUACAGAGGGCAGUGUUUGGCUUUCUUUCUAUAAAGCCAGCCAUUCCAGGCCAAACCAGAAUAUGCUUUCUUUUAAUCUCCUUUCAACUAGAGAUCUCUGGUGAGAUUACCCCUUUUGAGAAAGCAUCCUCUUUCUUUCUCUCCUACACAAAUGCAGAUCUCAAAUCACUGCAAAAAGAGCAUCGAGAUUAAUCUGAUUCACCUUCACCAUCAUCAAAGCGCUUCUUUAUUCAUAGCUAGUCCAGCUACAUCUUCUCGAAAGCAGUGAUGGAGUGGGUUAAUGUUGUUGGAUCAUCGUGGCCCUUAUGGUAUCUGUUCCAGUCAUGUCAUUUUCACCUCUUUCUCUCUCUCUCUUUCUCUUUCUCUCUUUCCUCCUUGCUAUGAGCUUACAAUUUCUAUCUUUUAUCAUCUUGCCUUGCAGUGUCAGCCAAAAAGUCAUGCGUACCCAGAACAAGGGGACAUUGUGAGAGUGCUCGCUUUUAAUUUACCCAUGUAAGUGUUCCAUGCAGCAGUUUCUUUAACAUAGUGACGGUUCGAUGUGGGCACUGUGCUAAUUUACUGUCAGUUAACAUGGGAGCAUCUCUCCAAACAUUCCCUCCUCAAGAACUUCAGUUACAGAAACAAGAAUCAUGCAACAGAGAGGUGGGAUCAUCUUCAAAAAGCAGUAAAUUUUCUGCAUUUGAGUCUGCAGAGCAUGAACAACAUAGGAUUCCUCCCAUUCGUCCCCCUGAGAAGAGACAACGAGUUCCUUCUGCUUAUAACAGGUUCAUCAAGGAGGAAAUCCAGAGGAUUAAGGCUAGUAACCCCGAUGUCAGCCACAGGGAGGCGUUUAGCACCGCGGCCAAAAACUGGGCACAUUUUCCCCAUAUUCACAUUGGAUUAAAGCUGGAUGGCAACAAGCAAGCAAAGUUGGACCAGGAAGAGGGAACUCAAAAAUCUAAUGGCCUAUAUUGACGAUGAUAUCAAAAUGGAAGCAUGUAAGUAUCAGCUAGAAUUUCAUAUGCUAGACCUGAAUCAGUAGAAAGUGAUGAGGUUGAUCAA